CCUUUUCCUUCAUCUGCUUCCGGGUCAGCCCUAAUCCAGGAAGUCGUCGCUUUGUUUUGAAGUUGACGUUUGUUUUGAGCGGCUCCAAAUUCAAAACAUUCUCUCAAGCGUCGGGAGACAACAACAUGGCGAGCACCAUCAGCACGCAGCGGGGAGAAGUGUACGUGGGCGAGCUCCCCCAGGACUUCCUGCGCAUCACGCCGACGCCGACCCACCCUCAUCACCAUCAUCAUCAGAUUCAGUUGGACGCGCAGGCCGCACGACAGCUGCAGUACGGCGGCGCCAUCGGAACCGUGGGACGACUUAGCAUCACCGUGGUGCAGGCCAAGCUGGCCAAGAACUACGGCAUGACCCGCAUGGACCCGUACUGCCGCGUGCGUCUGGGCUACGCCGUCUACGAGACGCCCACGGCGCACAACGGAGCCAAAAACCCCAGAUGGAACAAGGUCAUCCAGUGCACGCUGCCCCCUGCCGUCGACUCCUUCUACCUGGAGAUCUUUGAUGAGCGAGCCUUCUCUAUGGACGACCGCAUCGCGUGGACCCACGUGAGCAUCCCCGAGGGCGUGCGGGAGGGCGGCACAGCUGACGAGUGGUUCACGCUCAGCGGCCGCCAGGGCGACGACAAGGAAGGCAUGAUCAACCUGGUCAUGUCCUUCUCUUCCUUCCCGGCGGGGAUGAUGACGACGCAGCCCGUGGUGCUCAUGCCCUCCGUGUAUCAGCAAGGCGUCGGCUACGUGCCCAUCGCAGUUUGGGCUCGCGGAGGCGACGUCCAAUGGGAGCGUGCGAGCGGCCCCGUUGAUAAGCAGCUGCGCUCUGAGCGCGCCGCCCCGCCAUUGGUCCAGUCGGCGUAUAAAAGUGUGCGGCGGCGGCAGCUUGGACACACCGUCCUUGUCGUCACCGUCGUCAUGGCCGUCCUCUGGAUCUUCUCCUGCUUGGCUCUGGUCGCCGCCGCCUACGGUUGCGGCACGCCCGCCGUCCCGCCCGAGGUGACCGGCUACGCUCGCAUCGUCAACGGCGAGGAGGCCGUCCCGCAUUCGUGGCCCUGGCAGGUGUCCCUGCAGCAAUCCAACGGCUUCCACUUUUGCGGCGGCUCCCUGAUCAACGAGAACUGGGUGGUGACCGCCGCCCACUGCAACGUCAGGACCUACCACCGCGUGGUGGCCGGCGAGCACGAUAAGGGUUACGGGUCCAACGAGGAGGUGCAGGUGCUGCGCCCCUCCAAGGUGUUCACGCACCCCAUGUGGAACCCGCGUACCAUCAACAACGACAUCGCCCUGAUCCGGCUGAGCACGCCGGCUCGCCUGGGCGCCAACGUGUCGCCCGUCUGCCUGGCCGAGGCCAGCGACGACUUUGCCCCGGGAAGGACCUGCGUCACCUCCGGAUGGGGACUGACCAGAUACAACGCUCCCGGCACUCCCAACAAGCUCCAGCAGGCGGCGCUUCCCCUUCUGUCCAACGAGCAGUGCAAGCGUCACUGGGGCAGUAACAUCUCCGACGUGAUGAUCUGCGCCGGAGGCCAGGGCGCCACCUCCUGCAUGGGAGACUCGGGCGGUCCUCUUGUGUGCGAGAAAGACAACGCUUGGACCCUGGUGGGCAUCGUGUCCUGGGGAAGCAGCCGCUGCUCUACAAUCACGCCCGCCGUCUACGCCCGCGUCACCGAGCUGCGCGCCUGGGCCGACCAGAUCCUCGCCAGCAACUGAACGCGCCAAUGCCUCUGCUGCUGCUGCUGCCAAUAAAUCAAAUGUGCAUGGGA